UUAGAACCAAGAAGGUGAUUUCUCGUUAACUUAAUUUCCUGUAAUUUUACCAACUAAUCAACCCACUAAACUCUAUAGUAUCAUGUACGCUUCAAUUCCCCUCUUCAGAUCACUUGCAAAGUCCAAGGGUUGUUUAUUUUUGACAAACUGAAUUUUCUCGAAUCGUCUAAACGUAAUCUUUGUUCCACAAAUAUGCACUAUAUGAUCCCCUAUAUAAACCCCUUUCAACAAAGAAUAUGAUCAUCCCACCAUUAAUCCCACUUUAAUCUAAUUAACCUCCCUUACACUUCUCAUUUGUUUAAUUACUAGCUAGCUAAUACAUUAGUAGUAUAUAUGGCUACCAUGAAUUCAUCACUAUGUAUCUUAGUGCUUACAUUACUGGGAGCUUCUUUGUUGGAAACAUGCAUUGCCAACAAGGAGCUAGAGGCAUCAACAAAACAACAUUGGGGCUGGAGAUGGAGACGGGGAUGGAGUGGGGGCAGGGGUCAGGAUACACCGCCUGCUAGUACCCCUUGGGGACAGGGUUGGGGAUGGAGUGGGGGUAGGGGUCAAGAUACACCGCCUGGUGGUACCCCUCAAGGACAAGGUUGGGGUUGGAGGGGGGGAAGGGGUCAGGAUACGCCACCAGCUAGUACCCCUUGGGGUAAGGGUUGGGGCUGGGGUUGGGGUGGGGGAAGGGGUCAGGAUACACCACCUGCUAGUACCUCUUCGGGAAAGGGUUGGGGUUGGGGUGGGAGAAGGGGUCAGGAUGCGCCACCAGCUAGUACCCCUUCGGGAAAGGGUUGGGGUUGGGGUCGGGGUGGGAGAAGGAGUCAAGACACGCCGCCUACUAGCACCCCUGAGGGACAGGGUUGGGGUUGGAGUUGGAGGAGGAGUCAGGAUACGCCGCCUGCCAGUACCCCUAAGGGACAACCCGAAAAGGGUAGGAGUAGGGGAAAGGGUCAGGAUGUGCCACCUGCAGGUACCCCUCAGGAACAGCCCAGAAAAGGUGGGUGGCUUGCUCCGGCUGGAACUCCUAAGGGACAGGGUGGAUGGCCUGCUCCUCCUGCGGGCUACAAUUUUAGCCGCAGUGGUAGUGGCUGGCCCUUCUCUCACAAAAAUCGCACUCGUGGACCUAACAAGAUUGUCGUUGGAGGCUCCAGUAACUGGAAUUUUGGGUUCAAUUACACUGAUUGGGCUCUCAAAAGCGGACCGUUUUAUAUCAAUGAUGUCCUAGUGUUCAAAUUUAACGCGCCAGUAAACGGGGCACCAGGACACAGUGUAUACUUGCUGCCGGACUUGAGGAGCUACUUAAAGUGCGACUUAAGCAACGCAACGAGAAUAGCAACUACCACCCAAGGAGGCAGUAAGGGGUUCGAGUUCAAGCUUACCAAAUGGCAGCCUCAUUACUUUGCUUGUGGUGAACAUAAUGGCAUUCACUGCAACCUUGGCAUGAUGAAGUUCUUUGUCAUGCCUAUCUUUAGCUACGAAAAUUAAUCAGUUACAGUAACACCAAAGGCAUUUUAUUUAUACUUGUUUUAUCUAUAAUUUGUUUUGAAACAAUAAGAUUUUCCCAUUAACUGUUGCUUGGGAAAUUUAAGCUUUUCUUAAUUUUGUAUUUAUAAUGUUUUUGUGGACCAUGUCAAAGUAAUUGAUCAGUGAUCAUGGCUAAGUAAAUUACUUAAUGGUAAUGGUAAUGGAAUGCAUCCAAAAUUUAUACCAAGUGUAUCGAGUGAUUCGAGUCUCUUUAUUUGUACUC